AUGUUUCAUAAAAAAACAUUACCAAAUGCAUCAGUUGGUUUCCAAACUGGAUACAAUAUACAAGCUACACCGUAUGUUAACUCUCAACCUCCUGUAGAUGUUUAUGGUAGUGGAGGAGUUGGUGCUGGAGGAGGAGGAAGAGUCAAUAGCAAUUUUGGUUAUAACAUUGGUGUUGCACCAGCAGGUUCUUAUGAUUCUUAUCGUCCAUCUGCUCCAUCAGGAGGUGCAGGAGGACGUAUCGAUAUAGGUACAUCAAUAUCUUCGACAUCAGGGAGUUUAUUAGGCGAUGAUCACUUAGAAUAUGUCAGUGCUACUGGACAACGGAGAAGACUUACUUAUGAAGAAGUUGUUCAACUUAUAAUGAUAGUGAUAGAAAGCUCAAGAGGGCCUACUGGAAUGGGAGGAUUCACGGGGGCACCUACAGGAGGAUUUACAGGCGCACCGGCUGGAGGAUUUACAGGAGCACCUACAGGAGGAUUUACAGGAGGAUUUACAGGAGCACCUACAGGAGGAUUUACAGGAGGAUUUACAGGAGCACCUUCAGGAGGAUUCACAGGCGCACCUGCUGGAGGAUUCACAGGAGGAUCUACAGGAGGUUCAGGAGGAGUAUCUAUUGGUGCAUACACGGGAGUCUCAAGUGGAGUCCGUGCUACAAGAGCCGUUAGCUCAGGAUCUACUGAUGGAGUAUCUGCAGCAAGUUCCACUGGAAGCACACCUACAGCUGGUUCUACUUCAACAGUUUAG